GUUAUUAAUGAGCAUAAGCAACUACAAAAUGAAAAUACCAAUCUUAUUUCUCAUAACGCACAAAAGGAUAUUUUUAUUGCUGAAUCCAAGGCUGAGAAUGUUACAAAAUCUAAGAAAAUUCGAUCUAUGAUUAAGAUAUUGGAAGGUAAGUUAUCUUCAGCCCAGAAAGAUGUGAUUUCGACUCAAAACAACGCAUCAAAAAAAGAAUCCGAGAUAUUAUCCCUCAAGUCUAAAAUGGCUGAAGUGGAACGUGAGUUAGCUUCAAAAGUCAGUGAACUUGAGUGUCUGAAAUCAGAGGCUAUAUCAAACCCCGUACUUGGUGGAAACGACGACGAAAAAAAUAUGACCAAGUCUGACGAUAUAUCUUUGGGUAGUACUGAUCUCAGUAAAUAUUUUAUACGCAAAAAAAAUAUGAAUCAAGCUGGAAAAAUUGAUGGUAAUAUCUCAACCUAUACCGAUACCAAUGAUGAGAUUACCGAACUAUCAAAAAAUAAUGCUGAGAUCAACCCCAAGCUCGGUGAUAAAACUAGCAUUAGCAAGAUUGGUGAGGACCUUAUACCCCGAUCUCAAGACUCGAAGAACCAUUGCUCUGCAAUAGAAAUACCGAAUAUAACUCCUUACCUUGCACAGCCGGAAAAUAAUAUGUCCUCUUUGAUUCAAUCGAAUUCUCAAAUUCCGAUAGGAGGAAUAGGAGCGAUGAGACCUAGUCUCGAGGCUUUGCCUCUCCCUGUUAUGACAAGCACGUUGAUGUCACCUUUAUCGGCAUAUAUGUUACUUACUCUAUUAAUUAUUGCUGUUAUGUGGUUUGUGGUAUUGAGACGUACAUGGGGGUUGGAGAGGAAAAGUGACCAGUUACGAG